AGUUAAAAAAAAGAAUUCAGGAGAAUGGGGGCCCGGCGGCGGUGGGACUGGUGCUGGCUGGCCGUCGUGUAAAGGUGUUCAAAGAAAAGGUCUGUAGGGGCGAAGGGACCAGGGAAGCUAGCUCACAGAGCGCAGGACGUAUAGACUCCACUGGAACAAAUAGGAGAGGCUUCCCCUGGGUUCAGCCUUUGAUCCGGAUCACAGAGGGACUCUGUCUUGCUGUUGUGUUUUUGUCCAACAUGAAGAGUCUCCCAAAUCCUACCAUGUAGACAUAUCAGAUUUCAUAUAGGCUAUCAUAUCAUAUAAGUUAUAGGCCUAUACAACAUCAUAUCAUUUUGUUCCUUUUACGAAACAAAAACAAAUAUUGAAGGAAAUAUUUUCGAUAGUUUCAUCUUUGCUAAAGUUGUUUAAACGUAGUUAGGCCUAUAUAAUCAUACAAAAUAACAGACUAUUAGAAAAUAAUGUCUAAUUGUUUCUAGUCACGCAGAAGCGCAAACAAACACAAACAUUUUGGCUACUGAAAUGUUCAGUUUCAUUCUUAAACUGAAACGGAAACUUAACAAUUCUUCUGGGUGGUUUAUAGCUCGUGUCCAAUGGAUUUUAACUUGACGUGAAACUGCGAAAACCUCUCGAAUUUUUGGAUGGAGUUGACCUGAACAACAGAUAAAGGAUGAUGUGAAAAUAAAUAUUGAGAAAGACACUCAAUAGAGACAGGCGCGUCGCUAGAAUCAGAGUGUGACCAAAGCCAUAAGGACGUGGUUAAAGACGUUCAAAAAUAUUUUUGAACUUCAAGAAAAGUCUGUGACUGCAGUUUGAUGGUUGAAGCCCAAACAAACCUGACAACCAUGUUCCUAAAAUUCAUAUUAAUUAUUAGUACUCUUUACUUUGGCGUUGUUUCACCUCCACUUUGUCCCCGGAAUGAAUACAAGGCAGGAUGGGAGUGUUGCCCAUCAUGUCCGCCUGGAUGGCAUGUUGUAAAGGACUGCACAGAGAGAAUCAUUACAGAGUGCUCAAGGUGCCCCGGUGGUACUUACCAAGCUGGCUAUAAUAAACUGAAGCAAUGCUCUACCUGUACAAAGUGUGACACAGGUCUCGGUCUGAAGGUGAAGAAGUCUUGUUCAUCAACAUCAAAUGCUGUGUGUGAGGUCCUGGAUGGAUUCUUCUGUCGUGACUCUAACAGAGGUGGAUGUAGGGCCGCUCAGAGACACCGUCUGAGCUGUAGUCCUGGUCAAUACAUCGGUCAAAGAGGAACAGCAGAUAAAGACACAGAGUGCCUUCACUGUACUGAUGGAACAUUCUCAGAUGGCACGCGGCCGUCUUGCAAGAACCACACAAAAUGUGAUUCUGUGGGAGGGGUGCAGAUACAACCAGGAACUGAUUCAACUGAUUCUACAUGUAUUCAUUACGUUGUGAUUGUGGUCAUAAUAAUAGGAUGCAUAUCAAUCAUCGUCCUGGGAGGAUUGGCUAAUCAAAUACGUCUGAAGAGAAAGAAAACACCGGAAGAGAAGAGGGGGUUAACUGAACCUUCACCACUAAGGUCCACUGACGGUCCUGAACCAACCAGGGACCAACAAGAAUGUACCACAACUACCCCUGAUGGAACUAUGGAUGAUCAUCAUGGUGACCAGAGUCUGGGUCCAGCCUCUCCCUCAAGCCCCACAGAUAAUGGAUCUGAGUCAGUCUCAGACCAUCAGGAGGACCAUCAGCCUGUCCAGACCAAGAGAGACAGUGGAGCCUCCCAGUCCACCCUCCACAGUCUGAUGCGCUCCUCCACCUCCCAGUCAGCCAGAAGGUUUCCUGUGGGCUCCAAGUCGGUAUCAAGCUGCUUUGAAAGUCCCAAGUUUUCCACCGACCGUGUUUCACUAUUGAUGGAUAAUGACGUUGCAGAUGAAGAAGUAACGCCAGUUCGCGAAUAUCACGAUCAACCUGAAAGUGGAUCUGAUGACUCAAACUCACUAAAACCAGUCCCCAUCUGGAGAGACCAUGGAGUCUCCCAGGUCACCCCCCUCAGCCUGGGUCCCCCCUCCCCCUCCCGGUCCACCCCCCUCACUCUGGUGCCCCCCUCCCCCUCCCGGUCCACCCCCCUCAGUCUGGGUCCCCCCUCCACCUCCCAGUCCCCCCCCCCCCUCAGUCUGGGUCUCCCCUCCCAGUCCCCCCCCCCCCCCUCAGUCUGUCAGCCAGAAGGUGACGGAAUAAACAACGUUUAUAGGUCAUAAAAGUCGAAAAAGCAAAAUAGACAACUGAGAUUACAGCGUGGUAACGCUGGGGUCGGUCAGAAUCGACCACCACCACCACGAGGCGGUCCUGUUGGUGGGAGGGUUCGUGCGUUGUUUGAUGAACAAGUGGGUGUUUUAAAUAAAGGCAGCUCUCGGGGUCGUGCGGUGUUUGGGGCGCAAGAGUUGCAAACUAAGUUAUCAAGGCGCCUUGUUCAAACUACAUGCGUCCGUCGACGGAUGGGGGCUUUUUGAGGCCUUGUUCAAACUACAUGCGUCCGUCGACGGAUGGCCGAGGGUGUGUCUGACGUAUGGGGGACUAGUCUUUGCAGACACAUACUGCCAAUCAAAUCGCUUCCCACUACACAGCCGAUGUGUGGAUCUUAAAUACAUUGCACUUUCUAAAAAGCUUUUUUAACUUUGCCUUUAUUUUCUAUUUUAAUACUAAAGUGCCUGCUUUUUAACUUUCUAUUUUAAUCAUUUCUUUGCAUUAGGGGUACAUGUCAUGUCCACAGGUUGUAUUUAUAAAUUGUACAAAAUAUCUUUAUUUUUCAUUUCACUUAAAAAGGUCAACAGUUCUAUAAAAGAAAAAUCAGAAAAUGCAUAUUCCAUACUAUAAGUUGCUGUUUUUGUGCUGUCCUAAUUGCUGAAUGUCAGGGGUUGCUUUAAGAAAAAACAAUAAACAAUGUGUUUUUGAGAAUUAUUUUCAUCAUUAUUUCUUGGAAAUAAUCAUUAUAAUAUGAUG